AAUCAGGUCCAAAUUUACUAUCAAAGAGAAUCAGAAUUAGCGAUAACCGUAUGUAUUACUUCUUUCGGCCCCCAAUUAUUCACCACUUCCGUUUUCUUAUGUAAUACUUUUAUUUGAAAAGGCAUAACCGGAAGUUUUGCUGUCUUUCACGGUAACUUAAAAGAGCUCAAUUAUUGGCCCUUAACUUUUCGCAUCAGCACCGCUAAGAUCGUCACAUUGAUGGAAGUUCUCUGAGGAAAAAGUUCAUAUUUUUAUUCGUGCGUAUGUUAUAAAGCCGGAGUUAUUAAUUCAUCUCCCAACAUGAGCAAGCUUAUCUUUCUUUUGUUUCUUUUUGUCGGGCCGGCCGAGCUCCGGAGCCGCGUCCGCCUCCCUGCGCCGCCUUCCCCCGAAGAGGCGCACCUCGGCCGCGGUGAAGAUGCCUCGGAGGUUCCCGGAGCGAGUCGAGACGUGGCUCCCCGGAGAGGAAAAGACCCGAGCUGGUACUUCACGACCCCGCGGGUCACGAGCACCAGCGCGCUGCGUCCUAACUCCUCGACGUCGUCGUCGUCGUCCUCUGGGCCGCCGCCACCGCCUCCGCUGCUCUUCGCCGUGGCCGACGGCUCGUACUGGGCUUACGCGCUGAUGCUGCUGGCCCUGUCCCUCUUCUCGGUGGGCAUGGUGGGCAACCUGGCGCUCAUGUGCACGGUGUGGCACAACGCGUACCUGCAGAGCGCUUGGAACUGCAUCCUGGCCGGCUUGGCCUUCUUGGACUUUCUGGUGCUGUUUUUCUGCCUGCCGGUGGUCGUCUUCCACGAGCUGACCUUCAGACGCCUGCUCGGAGGAGCGUCGUGCCGCCUGGUGCCUUACCUGGAGGUGACAUCACUGGGCGUGGCCACGUUCAGCCUUUGCGCUCUGAGCAUCGACCGCUUCCAUGCCGCCACAAGUCCCACCCCCGGGCCCGCCCCCAGGCUGGAGUCCUGCCGCUCCAUCCUGUCCAAGAUGGCCGUCAUCUGGCUGGGUUCGCUGGCGCUGGCCACCCCUGAAGUGCUUCUUUGGCAGCUGCGGCGGGAACCCGUCGGGCCGCCGGAACUCGUCUGGUGGCGGGAAGCCGUCGGGCCUGGCGGCGGCGUGGACAUGUGUCUGCGCGAGCCGUCGGCGGAACUGCCCGUCGGCGUCUACUCGCUGGUGCUGACCUAUCAGGAGGCCCGAACCUGGUGGAUGAUUGGAUGCUACGUCUGCCUGCCGCUGCUAUUCACGUUGGCCUGCGACCUGGUGACUCAACGGGUGUCAGCGCACCAACCCGUCAAAGCGGCAAGCAGGCGCUCUUCCUCUUCUGCCUCCUCUUGUGUGUCUUCCUCACUAAUGAAGAAGAAGCGUCAUCAUCAUCAUCAUCAUCAUCAUCAUCAUCACCAGCACCAGCACCAGCACGCUCACGAGCCCAAGCUUCGCUCCACCGUGAUGUGGCUGACCGCCUUGUACGUGGCCUGCAACAUACCCGACAGCGCGUGCAACAUCGCGCUGGCGUACGUGGAGGCACCGGCGACGGUGGUGGCGGCGGCAUCGGGUCUAGCGGGACACUUCUUCCUGUUUGCUCGCUGCGCCGCCACGCCCGUGCUGCUGCUGUGCUUGUGUCGCUCGCUGGGUCAGGCCUUUCUGGACUGCUGCUGCUGUUGCUGCGACGAGUGCCUACCCGACGUGUCCUCGUCGGCCUCCACCGCCACCUCCGCGCUCUCCUCGCCCUCCCCGACGUCCUCGAUGCCACCCGACGAUGCGUCGCAGGCCAUUGGAACGCCCUGCUGAGCUGAGGUCUCUCGGGUGAUACUCAACGUAGGGUUUCAAGCAAGGCUUAGCAUUUCGCAUUCAGGUUUCAAGACAAGAUUAGGGUCUCAAACAAGGUUUAAGGUUUGGAAUUAGCGCUUCAAGCAAGGGUAAACUGUUGAAAGUUGGCUUUCGUGGCCAGUUGUAGAGUUACAAAUGACUGUUUGAAGUUUUUCCAUGUGAGCCAACAUGAGUUUUUUUUGGCUUUUUGGCUUCCGCCAGCAAACUGAUUUUUUUUUUGGCACAUUCUUGUUAUGAAGUUGUUACUAAUGCGUAAUAAGCAUCAGAAACAUUUCCUGAGCCUGAUGUUGCACUUAUCCACACACACAAAGCGUCACUAUUGAGAAAAUCUUCUUCUUUCAUUAAUGUUUUGGGGGUUUUUUUUGCUUGUUCAUUAUUUCUUCUUUGGUCAUCUUCAAGCAGGAAAUUGUUCACGCUGUUAUUUUGUUUUUGUUCAUUGACGGAAGUGCCCCCCCCCCCUCAAAAAAAGAGAGAA